CUUAAAAGUCACAUGAGCAACAAAUAAUCAGCUAAUACUUAAGAACUCUCUGAUGAAGGUAUUAAUAUUCAGCUCUAUUCAUUUAGAAUUUAUGAAACUUCAUGCAAAAUAAUUCUAUAGAACUCAUGGAUAAUUGAUUGGGAGUAAGUAAUAGUAUAUUCCGAUUCCAAAAUAGUAUAAUAAUAAUGGAAAAUUCACUGAUGUAAAAUCAUUAUAUAUUUCAGCAUUUAUUGAUGGCUACCAUGUAUAGAAAUAAUAGUUUGAAUACUACUUGUGAUAAGGAACGCUGGAUUAAUGGUUCAAAAGAUUGGAUGGAACAUUUAUAAUGA